GUUUUUUUUAAGUUUACGAGUUGUGUUUGACAUUCUUAGACGGGACAGAAAGUAGAAAGUAUAAACGAAAAAAAAUAAUAAUAUAUUUUUGAUCUGUAAAAUAUAAAAAGAACAAAAAAGUGCCUAUUUUAAUAACUAAGCAACUGGAGUUAUUUUUUUUGUUGUUUUUAACCUAGAAAAAUGUUUGCGCUUAAACAAAACAUGUAUUCAAGUGACGAAGACAGCGUACCGCUAUCGCAUAAAAAAUAUGCCCAACAAAAGAAAUCUAUACCAAGAAUGGACUCUGAAACAUCGCUGGAUACAAAUGAAUCACUCAAAGGAACUGAUUUGCUCGAUUUAAAGAAUCGUAACUGGGAUCAAUUCUGUUGGAAAUGUCACGGUUUAAGUGGCUAUGAGGUAAAAUGCUCGAAAUGUCUCAUAUCAUUCCACCGAAAUGUAAAUUGUAUACCAGAACGGAAACGAAAAGGAUCCGUUCGGAGGUGUAAGGAAUGUCAAUCGGCUGCCAAACCGGAAACAGCAAAUUUCGGUGAAAACACUUUAACCGAUUUGCUAAAACAAUUGAUUGAACAUGCAACUCGGACGGUUACAGAACUUGAAUUAGCUAUGGAUUUCAUGAUGACGGAUGACUACCGAAAAAACGAAUCAUUGGUAAAUCCAGUUACCUUUACAGACCUAGUGGGAAAAAUCGAACGUAUGGAAUAUAAAACACUACAUGAAUUUUUACUAGACGUUAGAUGGAUGCGACACAGCUGCGAAAUUCACCACAAAUCCAUAAGAAACACUAAAGACAAACAGCUGAUUUGUGGCAAAGUGACGGAAUUUUUAAAAAAAUGCGAAGAAGAUAUAGAUAUUCUCAAGAACUGUGGCGACUGUUACACGCACAUUGAUGAUAGUCGGGAUAAUCCAAAUUUAGUCUGCUCUAAACCUCACAUUGUAUUAUGGGUCAAGUAUGGUGAGUAUCCUUAUUGGCCCGCAAAACUAUUGCGAAUAGAAAAGAAAGUUGAGAGAGAUCCGCUGUUGGUAUUUUUCUUCCAAGAGAGAACAAUUGGAAAUGUUUCGUAUUCAAAUUGCUAUUUGUAUUCGAGAGAGGAUCCAAACCUUUAUUUGACCGAUACAUAUAAAAAUCAGGUCAAACUUGCAAUGAAGGAAGCUGAAAAAUACAUUCGAAAUGUUGAAAAAAGGUUUGGAGAAUACAAAUAUGCUGCACCCAAAACAAAGCCAAAGAAAGACAAACUUGAUACAGUUCAUCACGACGAAACGAUUCCUGGUUAUCGAAAUCCCCAUUACAGACGGUUGCCCCCGCAAGAGGAAAGUGACACUUCGGAUGAUGACAUUGAAAACGUUGAGACAAUUUCUACAAAUGAAAUAAAUUCAAACCAACUCCCAAUAAACAAAAAAAUUCGCAAAAAUAUUCAAGAGUGUCUGGAGUACACAACUGCUUUGGAAGAAGAAUAUAAGAAAGAAAAGGCAAAAACUGAGAAGCUCACAAAUGAUCUAAUUGUCAUUAGACAAGAGUUGGCAAUUGAAAAAAGAACUCAUGCUGAAUUGAGAGCUAAAUACGAUGAAUUGAUGCAAAUGCAAUCAAAAAAAGUCCGCACUGAAAGUGAGGAUUGGGUGCCAAAUCUCAUAAUCAAAAGUGAAAUUGUCUAAACACUUUUACUUGAUUCAAAUUCACAUAAUUUUCAUUAUUAUUAUGUUAUCAUGUUUGUUAUUUCAUAUUUAUUUUAAGAGAUUCUUCUAUAGAUUGUAUUACCUUUACAAUAUUCAGUUUAAUUGAAUCACUUAGAAUAAAUCAACAUUACUAGAUAAAUGUCUUCAAAUGCGUUACUGAAAAAAGUCAGUCAGCAAAAGCGUUAUAAAAUAUAUGGACGAUGUCACGCUUUUGUUGGCGAACUUUUUUAUAUAACGCGUCACAUACAGUUUUUGACACUAUUGCUAUUAUUCUAUAGCGCAUUUGAAGACAUUUAUCUAGUAAUGCUGAUUUAUUCUAAGCGGUUCAAUUUUGAUGGGCAUUUCAUAUACAAUAGAAACAAUAAUUGAAAAUAGGUUGUUUUUAUUCUG